CAUGACCCGCCAAGAUGAAGUGGACGUGUUCCAGAAGCUCGUACCAGCGGCUGGCAUCGAAUCCUGCUGUCUUGAACAGCUCCAAGCAACCAUUCAAUACACUCGGUAUCGCCGUCUACGCUUUCGCUUGCGCUUUCCAGACACGUACCCGAACGACGCACUCGUGAUCGAGCUCACAAGCGACACAUUGCCUGACUUCGCCUUGCGCCGAAUGACAAAGUUUGUGGAUGCCAAGGCAACAGAGUUGGCCAAGGCGGGGCAGCCUCAAGUCCAAGCCGUCGUCGAGUUGAUCCUGUCUUCACUCGCAGACAACAAACUAUUGUACGCUUUCGACGAAGUGCGGCAGUUGCGCUUGCUGGCCGAGCAAAACGGCGGCGACAUCAAGCUCAACGAACGGACUGGCCGCAUCAAGCUGCUCCUGCGGCACAAGGCGUAUUUCUUCCACGCCAACAUCAAACUGGACGACCAUUAUCCAGACUCGCCGAUCGCCAUUUCGUGUGACGAAUCGAACCUUCCACCUUCGAUCGUUGCGUUAGUGACUAAGCAGGUCAACGACAUGGUUGCUCGAAUCGUCCAGGGGUACACGGCAGAACAAGCGCUGUUUGCAUCAAAUCCGAUCAAGAAGCCCGUCAGUCUAGUCGAAGCCAUCGCGGACGAAGCGACCCCAGCCAAGAAAUCGGGACCAAGGAAGGCCGCGGCAAAAGUGGCCAUCAAAGCGUCACCGCGCGAUAGCAUUGCCCCUAUGUACUACGCGCAAGACGGUGGUAUAUUGCACCACGCUCCUCUCGACGUCGCUGUCAAGAGCUUGAUUCCAGUGGUGAAAACGUUCUUGUGGACGCAAUGUCUCGUUGGGCUGGCCGACACUGCGUGCGUCUCGUGCAACGAGCCGAUCUUGGGGUCGGACCCAUUGACCAAAGUCAGCGACACCAUGCAGCCGAUCCAAGCAUACUGUGGUCACUGGUACCACCACGCGUGCCUCGGCGCAAUCCUGCAAAGCCCCCCGUUUGUCCACGGCUGCAAGGCAUGCAACGUCGUCCUCCAUCAUCCGAAAUGGUCCACAAACGUCGACGAUCUCAAACGGGCACACGAGCGCGCCAUUCGGCAGGCCCGAGAACUCGAAGAGAUCGCCGACAUGUUUUAGCAUGGUUGACGUAUUUUUCACGAACGGAGAUAUCUUUCGACGGCA